AUGAAGUCUGGUGAAUCUGCAACUGCCUUUGGCUAUUUGAUGUCAGGUAUGUGGCUUGGAGAGUCUGACUGUGUUUCCCCAGUGGUUUUCUGUUCAGUCCUUGGAGAGCAGUACCAGAGCAAGAGGACUCAGCAGAAUGCACAGGAGUUUGUGAUCUGUGUGCUGAAUGAGCUCCAUGAGGCUCUCAAGAAGUCAAGCAAAAGAAGAUGCAUAACUGGUGCAAAAGGAAACAGAGGGCUUGGGCCCGCCGCUGAAACAUCUCUUAUCACGCAGUUAUUUGAGGGACAACUCAGGUACAUUACAUGUAUUACAUGUCUAGGAUGCAAGACUUCCACUGAUAAACCUGAGAUCUUCACUGCCCUUUCCUUGCCUGUUCCUUCUGAGAGCACCUGCUCUCUGCAGUUCAGAGAAGCUCAACCAUCCCAGAAGUUUUAUUUCACAUUUGAAUGCCAAGGCAACUACAAAAGGAAACUCUUAGCUGACAUCUGCUAUCCACUCAGCAAUCUGGAUCUCUCUCCAGAGUUACACAAGAACCCAGAGUACAGCUUGUGUGCUCUAGUGAACCAUUCUGGUUUUCUGGAUGGUGGCCACUACACAGCAUUCUGCAAGCACUCAGUCACCAAAAAACUGGUACAGCUUUGAUGAUUCACAGAUC